GCUGCUGCCGGGGGCCGGUCACCUGCGGCUGAGGGAGGAAAGGCUGCUUUCUGCUAGCGGUAACCUGCCGCUUUCCGGCCGGCUCAGGGCAGGGGCCCUGGCUGCGCUGCGGGCGCUGUGCGGCAGCUCUGAGCACAGUGAAAGCGUUCCCGCUGGGUCACGCCGGCCGCGGGGGACUUUAAACCAAGUGGUUUAGCUCCUGGAGCUGGCCAGCCGUACGCUGCCUUUCUCAAGCUGUGUCCCGAAGCGCAACUGAGAGCGGGCUGGCCGCGCUGCUCGCAGGGGUGGCAGCGCCUCUCCUGCUCGCCAUGGCUCUGUGCUGCGCGGUGAGGCUGCCCCGCCGGCACCUCCGCUCUUGGAGGGUUCUCUUUAGCAGCCGGGCAGGUCAGGACCGCAGCCUGCUGACGGAGAAGACAGCAAUAAAGUGGAAGGAGAAGAGAAAAGCCAGGGAGGGCUGCAGCCCGCCAGGUUCCUCCUGGGAGGAGAGGUUAGCAAAUGCGGUGACUCCACUGUGGAGACUUCCCUAUCAAGAGCAGCUGCAGGUGAAGUAUGAAAACCAGAGGAAGAUUUUGAAGACACUGGCAUCUCAUCUUGAGGAGCUGGGCAUAGAUGUGCAGAAACCUGGUGGACUCUGCUGUCCUCUCCAGCCUGUAGUCCCUUCACCUGUCAUCAAUGGCUACCGAAACAAAUCCACUUUCUCUGUGAACCGAGGACCGGAUGGGAACCCCAAAACUGUGGGGCUGUAUGUGGGAACUGGCAGAGCUAGAAAUAUUGUCUGUGUGAAAGCCAACCACAUGGAGAACAUACCCCAAAAACACAAGCAAGUAGCCCAGUGCUACGAGGAGUUCAUCCAUGGCUCCCCCCUGGAUCCCUGUCUCCUCUUCCACGAAGGUGGACACUGGCGGGAGCUGGUGGUACGCACCACCAGCCGUGGCCACACCAUGGCUAUCGUCACCUUCCACCCCCAGGAGCUGGGCCAGGAGGAACUGGCUACUCAUAAAGCGUUGCUGAAGGAGUUCUUCACCUGUGGACCUGGAGCAGUCUGUGACUUGACUUCACUUUAUUUCCAAGAGAGCACCAUGACACGCUGCUCCCAUGAGCAGUCUCCCUUCCAGCUCCUUCAUGGAGAACCACACAUCUUUGAGGAAGUGCUUGGCCUCAAGUUUCGCAUCUCUCCAGAUGCCUUUUUCCAAGUAAACACAGGUGGAGCAGAAGUUCUGUACCAGGCAGUCAGGGAGCUGAGUCAGGCUGGUGAGGACACCAUCUUCCUUGACAUCUGCUGUGGAACUGGCACAAUUAGUCUCUGUUUGGCUCACCAAGUGUCCAAGGUUAUUGGUGUUGAGGUGAUGGAGAAGGCAAUAGAGGAUGCCAGGUGGAAUGCAGCAUUCAAUGGAAUUUCCAACUGUGAGUUUCACAGUGGCAAGGCAGAGGUUGUGUUACCACGACUGCUGCCAUCGUGGGAGGACGGCCGACCUCUUGUUGCUGUGGUGAACCCGUCUCGGGCUGGGCUCCAUUACAGGGUUGUGCGAGCCGUUCGAAACUGCACGUCCAUCCGAAGGCUGCUCUACAUCUCCUGCAAGCCAGAGGGUGAAGCCAUGAGGAAUUUUGUUGAGCUGUGCUGCCCUCCUGACCCAAGGAAGAAGCUGUCAGGAGAGCCAUUUGUGCCCAGGCUGGCUCUACCUUUUGACAUGUUUCCUCAUACUGCUCAUUGUGAGCUGGUGUUGCUGUUCACCCGCUGACAACGAGGCAGGGGUACCAGCUCUGAGAGCUUGGGCAGCCACCUCCUGCUGUCCUGAAGGCUGGAGUUGAUGUAGCUAGGCUUUUAACUUAUUUUUGUUUUAAA